AUGGAGAGCGGCGUGCGCAGGUUCCUCUCCAAGCGCGAGGGCAAGCGCAACAGAGGCCGUGGCGAGCAUCAACACCUGCCCCAUCCUCUGAGCAGGAAGGAGUUCUCGACAUCCAGUCCGGAACUUGUGCCUCGACCAGUGAACCCCAUCUCAGCUCAAGAUUUCUAUGGCCUGUUCGACGCCAAUGUCCCACCUGCUACGUCGGUCGAGGAACCCAAGAUACGAACCAUACGAGACCGUCUGUUGAAGGGGAAAGGCGUCCUUGUCAGGGAUGCUCAAAUCCUGUGGACGCUGCGUUCUCUGUCCACAGGUGGAGACGUCAAUUCGGGCUAUGAACUCCUGCUCGCCAUGUCAGACGCUUCGGAAGGAAUUGUCAGGCCAUAUGAUCCGUAUACGAAGAUGCUCGGUGCACAAAACAGACAAGGGGUUACCUGCUUCCUGGACGCCACUCUCUUUUCCAUGUUCUCGCGCCUCGACAGCUUCGAGGCCAUGCUCUACAACACCUUUGACGAUCUACCACGAAACAAGCUUGCCUUUCUCCUACGCCUUUGGGUCAACCUCCUGCGAUCUGGAAAGCUGAUCACCACCGACAUCACCAAGGUCGUGCAAGAGACUCUGGCGGAAUGUGGUUGGGCCGAGGCCAAGGAACUCCACCAGCAAGACGCUUCAGAAGCCUUCACAUUUAUUACCGGCAAGCUCGAACUGCCAUUGUUGACCUUGAAGAUGGAUAUCUACCACACCGGCAAAGAAGAUACGGCGGAUGAUCACAAGUUCAUCAACGAGAGACUUCUGGAAGUGGCCAUCCCGUCGGAUCCGACCAGCGAGAGAAAGGAAAUAACGCUAGAAGAGUGUUUGGAAGACUAUUUCAACAACCGAAUAGAGGUCCGGCGAUACCUCGAGCGACGAUCAACAAUCAAUUCAACGCGCAAAGCCAGUGCAAUUCAUGUCGAGACGGUUGAGCUAGAUGGCGACCAGUCACCCAUCACUCCACUCUCGCCCUCUCCCAGCUAUGCAUCCCCCAUACGACCCGCCAUCGGCCGGACUCGUGCCCCUAGUAUUAUCCAAGAGCGCUACAUACCUUUACGCAAUGAAAGCGGAUAUUCAUCGUUGGCUCCCAUCGAUUCGAAUGACUCUGUGGCUCGGUCGCGGGCCGGAAGUGUGCGGAAAGAGGUUAUGAUGCCUGCGUGGCAAUUCUUCAGCUUGAUACCCUGGUAUACUGACAAUGCUCCGACAAAUGACGCACAAGUCGCCGCUCAUUUCUCAACGAAACGGCCGAUUCUUGGUCUGUGCCUGAAGCGAUAUUCGUAUACACCCGAAGGCAGAGCGAUCCGACUAGGCACCCAGAUCGACAUUCCUGUUGAGAUUGCCGUACCUCAUUUUAUUCAGGACGAUAAGAUUGAGGAGAUCCACGGGCUGAACAGCAAUUUCAAACUCUCAUUACAAGCGGUUGUCUGUCAUCGAGGCGACUCGGUGGAUUCUGGACAUUACGUUGCCCUCGCGCGUGGUACUGCCACGCCAGGGUCUCCUAAUCGCGAGUAUUCUCAUACGACUAAGGUUUGGAUGAGAUUCGACGAUCUUGCGCCACACCGGAUCACCGUCAUCGACAUCGAGACAGCAUUGAAAGAGGAGACACCUUACCUGCUUUUCUACCAGAUCGUCCCUAUCGAGGGAGAUCCGGGAAGCAUAACAUCGGGCGAGGAGACCCUAGCUACUGUCCACGAGCGCAACGCUUCGGUCAGCGAAGUCUCUGAUAUAUCAAUUCUAGGAGAUAAUCAAAGCAUUUCCGGCCGCCCAAGCUUUGAGGUCACAGUUCGAGAAGAACCCAGAGGACGGUCUCCUACAGAAACGAGGAGAGCUAGUGUCAUCUCCUUUCAGGAUCCGCCUGCGACGUACACAAAUGGGACUACUGGCGCAACUCUGGCAGUUUCAAACAACGGUGACGGCGACCAGACUGGGACACCGAAGCCAAAGUCUUUGUCUCGGUCGCAGAGUAAAGCGAGUGAGAGUGGUAGUGGCUUGGGAAGAACCCUUUCGAAACUGAAAAGAAAGAGCCGAGAAGUUUUGCCAGUCCCCGCAGAUGUUCCUCCACAGACUGGAGUACAGGCCACGGAAGUCCCUAAUGGUGCUCAAACCACGCCAAAGCCAAAUACGCUGCAGGUGCAACACCAGGCUCCCAAGACGCACAGAAGGGAGAAAAGCCGGGGUCGUGUGUCAAGGAGUAAAAUUCGCGGCGAGAAGCCAGAUCGGGAGUGCAUUGUGAUGUGA